AUGUUUGCAUUUUACUACUGUGAUGCCUCCAUUGACUUCUUACCAUCUGUUACUGCCACCUUGAUCGUGAAACUAAUGAUUUUCCUUUAUGCCCCAGUAGCUCAGAGAGAAAGCAAAAAUCCAGGUGUUACAUAUGCGUGGGCGGGUGGGAAGGAGCAAAGGCCCGUGCAGAUGAUGUUUCAGAAAGCGACCUUCAACAUGGCGUGUGUCAGCGAGGUGCAGGCCCAGCUGCUGGAGCUGCCGUAUGCGGGGCAGGAGCUGAGCAUGCUGGUUCUGCUGCCUGAUGACGGUGUGGAUCUCAGUUCGGUGGAAGAAAGCCUCACUUUUGAGAAAGUGAUGGCCUGGACCAAGCCAGAGUGUAUGAGGAGUACCGACGUUGAAGUUUUCCUCCCAACAUUUAAGCUGCAAGAGAAUUACGACAUGGAAUCUGUGCUUCAGCAUUUGGGAAUAGUUGAUGCCUUCGCCCAGGGCAAGGCUGACUUGUCGGCAAUGGCAGCUGAGACUGAUCUGUGUCUGUCCAAGUUUAUGCACAAGAGUUUUGUGGAGGUGAACGAGGAAGGCACGGAGGCAGCAGCAGCUUCGGCAGUUAUGUUUGUAGAAUAUUGCCUGGUCUCUCGACCCCGGUUCUGUGCUGACCACCCCUUCCUCUUCUUCAUCAGGCACAACAGAACUAACACCCUUCUGUUCUGUGGCAGGUUCUCAUCCCCGUAGGGGUGUGCUUACUGCGCGUGGAAGUGUUUCCCUCUUCCUGUGUCCCAGAUCCUUGUCUAUACCUCAGCAAGGAUCUGGAAAGCCAAGUGCAAAGAGGAGGGUGGAUAUUUCAUUUGUCUGAACGGUUUUCCAGCCUAAUAUCGUGAUGCUGCAUACUCUGCUGUCCCCAUGCUGACCACUCAUUUCUGCUCCUUAUUCAAGAUCCUAGGACAACAGAUGCUGUUGUAUUUGAGAUGCACUUCAAACCCCAUAGGAGUUUUGGAGUACACUGAGUUUAGGUGCACAGUUUUCCUAGGUGGUCCCUAAUGCAUUUCUCUCAUUCCAUGUGCAAAUCCUAGCCAUUACACUGUGCUUUCCAGAUGCCUCAACGUUUUUUUUAGUUUAUGUUUUUAUUAUCAUCAUAAUCUUGUUUACAUUACAUUGGAUUGCAUAUAAGUUUAUGGUGUAUUACAUUACUUUUUCGAAAG